CCCACUUUUGUUUUCACACAAAAUAUCUGUGGAAUAACCUCUCGAAGUAAUCUUUCUUUAUUUGUAAAUAAACUUAUCGAAAUUUAUCGAUGCUAUAUGAAAAGUUUAAUUAAUUCUGAUAAAUAUCAAAUAAUAAUCAUAAAGAGAAAAUGAGUUCGAAUAAAAUUGAAGUAAUAAAGAAAACCAAUCUAUCUCCUCAAAGAAUACGAUGUCAAAAAUGUUUGGAAUUUGGACACUGGAGUUAUGAAUGUAAAGGAAAACGGAAAUAUCUACACAGAUCUUCUCGUACUGUACAACUUAAAAGAAGUUUAAAAAUACAAGAAGAAAUAAAGGAACAAAAAGUGGAAGUUAAGAAGUCUCAUGGACAGAAGAGAAAAAAAAUGAGAAAAGAAUCAAGUAGUUGCAGUGAUACAAGCUCUUCUAGUGUUGACAGUAGCAGUUCUAGUAGCAGUAGUGAAAGUAGUAGUAGCAGUUCUUCUUCGGACAGAUCCUUAUGGUACCAGAGCUUUGGGUUUGAAAAAUUAAAAAAAAUAUAUUAUCUUUAUUAGCACGCUCUCGAUGUUACUUCUCUAAAGUCCAAUGACACUCCGAUUUUUUACACUGCUCGCUCUAUUUCUUGUACACUCUGAUCUCAAUUACUCAUCGCUCAUCUCUUCUUUUGUUUCACGCUUCGUCUUGGGCUACUAUUUCAAUUCCAACUUCAAUUCCAUGUGCAUUUUCGGAAUUUUACAUCGAUCACUUUUCACAGUAAUCGAUUGCGGCUCAUUUAAAUCAUGCAUCAAAUAUUCACGCUACUUUCGAUCAAUUUCUUCUCAAAACAAAGCACAUUCGCAGCCAAUACAACGCGCUUGUCGCGUCGAAAGAUGUAAUUUAACAAUAUUUUGUUAGCACUCCGCCAUAUCAUAUUUUAAUUAUUAAAAUGUUGUAAUCUAAUAAUUUCAUUACAUCUAGAGAUUGUAAGAGAGUGUAAGAAGGAUCAAUUUGAAAAAUGAUCAACAUUUCCUUCAAACUGCUUCUUUUUAAUAUGAAAAUAAAUCUGUAGUUAAUUUUAUAUUAAGUAAAUUUAAUUUAAUUAAGAAAAAAAUAUAGCCCUACUAGAAAA